AUGUACCACGACUCUAUGCUCGCAGCCGGCGACUACGAGGGCAAGCCUACUGAAGAAGAAUUGAAGACGCUUCGUCGCGUAGCGGGCAAGCUACCGAUCGUCGCAUAUGUCAUUUGCUUCGUCGAAUUCGCAGAGCGUGCCUCUUACUACGGUGUGCAACAGCUCAUCUCCAACUUUGUCAACCGUCCCCUACCGCUCAAUGGCAACGGCUAUGGUGCACCUCCCCGCGGUACCCAGGAGACUGCCGGUGCUCUUGGUCUCGGAACGGUCAAGGCCAAUGCCGUUUCGCAGUCCUUCUCUAUGAUGGUGUAUGUGCUUCCAGUCCUCUUCGGAUGGAUCGCCGACACCAAGACGGGUCGCUUUAAGCUCAUCUGCUACGGUGUUGGUGUCUUUGGUGUUGCACACCUUCUGAUGUGCAUCUCUGGUGCGAAGCCACUUCUGGCAGACGGCAGUGCCAAGAUCCCAUAUCUCAUCUCGCUCUACAUCCUUGCCAUCGGUGCCGCCAUGUUCAAGCCUUGCGUUUCCCCGCUGCUUCUUGACCAAAUGACCCACAGAGUUCCUCGUGUCGUGACAACCAAGAAGGGCGAGCGAGUGAUCGAAGAUCCAGAAGCUACAACGGAACGUGUCAUGCUUUGGUUCUACCUGCUCAUCAACAUUGGCGGUUUUAUGGGCGUGGCCACUACCUACGCCGAGAAGUACGUUGGAUUCUGGCUUGCUUUCUUGCUCCCAAUGCUGUUGUACCUCCCACUGCCAUUCCUGCUGUGGUUCCUCAGAAAGCGCCUCAUCCUUCACCCUCCGGCUGGAAGCGAUCUCGGCAAUGUCUUCAAGGUUCUCGGUGUUUGCUUCCGACGAGGUGGCAUUAAGAGAAUCGGGCGCCACGGGUUCUGGAAUCUUGCCAAGCCAUCCAACAUCGCUGCUGCUGGUCUCAGCAUCAAGACUUCGUGGAACGAUCAAUUCGUCGAUGACGUCAGGCGUACAUUCCAGGCUACUGGGAUCUUCUGCUUCUUCCCCAUCCAGUACAUCAACGACAAUGGUCUCGGAAGUGCUGCCGGGUACCUCUCGACGAUGCUGACUACCAACGGUGUGCCAAACGAUGUCAUCCAAAACUUCAACAGCUUGUCCAUCAUCUGUACGGUUCCCAUCUUCAACUACGGAUUGUAUCCGCUGCUCCGAAAGGCUAAGAUCCAUUACGGUCCAGUAGCUCGUAUCACUACUGGUCUCUUCAUGUCUGCAGUCGGUGGUGCGGGUUACGCUGUUCUCAACUACUACGCCUACCAGCAGUCACCUUGCGGAAAAUACGGCUCAAGCGACUGUACCAUUGGCACUGGCGUUGCACCCAUCACCGUCUGGUGGAUGGCCAUUCCAUACGGUCUCGGAGGUAUUUCUGAGAUUUUCGUCAAUGUUCCAGCAUACGGUAUUGCAUACUCCCGAGCUCCAGUCAACAUGAGAGGUCUUGUCUCAGCCCUGAACCUCUUCAACACCGGUGUUGCUUAUGCGAUUGGCCUUGCUUGCUCUUCCAUUGUCACUGAUCCGUACCUUACCUGGGACUUUGGUGGACCCGCCAUUACUGGUGGUGUCUUGAGCGUCGUCUUCUACCUCCUCUUCCGACACAUCGACAAGGAGGAGUAUCACUUGAGUGAGAACGAGGACAAUACCGACUACCAUCUCAAUAUGCAGGGAACUGUCAAUGUUGUUCGAGCAAACUCGAUCAACGGAACCACGAACAUUCCUCCGAAAAUUGCCGAGAAUGAAGAGAUGAUGAUCUCGCAGAAGCAGUAG